AUGGCCAUCACAGAAGAUGCCUCGCAGCUCACCCAUGCCGACCUCCCAGAGCUUCUCAAGAAUGAUACGAGCAUUAAAGUUGGCGGUACAGAUAUCGACGGCAUCAUUCGUGGCAAGCUCAUGUCCAAGAAGAAGUUCCUGUCAAUAGCCAAGGAUGGAUUCGGGUUCUGCUCAGUGAUAUUUGGCUGGGACAUGCAUGAUCAGACCUAUUUCAAGGAACUCAAGAUCAGUAAUGCAGAGAACGGAUAUCGUGAUAUAGUGGCCAAGGUGGACUUGAGCAGCUUCAGGAGAAUACCGUGGGAGAACGAUGUGCCAUUCUUUUUGUGCAGUUUUCGAGAGCCCGAGGGCGAGAGUCUGAGUGCAUGUCCAAGAAGUUUACUCGAGAGGCAAGUUGCAAAGAUUGACAAGAGAGGAUGGGGUGCUCUGGCAGGAGCCGAGUACGAAUUCUUCACCUUCCGAGCUCCGCAAACGUCAGACAAUGGGCCAGGCAACUCCGAGCGCAACUCGAGCGCAACAGCAACGUACCUUCAAACUAACCCGGUCAACGAUUUGCCCAGUCUUGAGCAGGGCAUGUUCGGCUACUCGUUAACCCGGCCAACGCACAACCAAAACUGGUAUUAUGACAUCUACAACACCUGUACCAAGUUCCGCUGCGACAUCGAAGGUUGGCACACCGAAUCAGGACCAGGCGUAUACGAAGCAGCACUCGAAUACGGUGAUAUCCAGUCGAUGGCCGACAAAGCCGCUCUCUUCAAGCUCGUCGUCAAGAAUACAAGUUCCAAAUACGGUAUAACACCCUGCUUCAUGGCCAAACCACGUCAAGGCCUGCCGGGAAACAGCGGCCACAUCCACGUCUCACUUUGCGACAAUAAAACCGGCGCCAAUCUAUUCGCACGAGCAAAACCAGAUCCUAAUUCAGAAUAUGACGAUCUCAAACAUCUCAGCGACCUUGGUCGUCACUUCCUCGCUGGAAUACUAGAUGGUUUAGCGGAUGUAAUGCCCAUAGUCGCACCAACAGUGAACAGCUACAAACGCCUCGUCGAGAAUUUCUGGGCUCCUGUGACUGUCUCAUGGGGUCUCGAACACCGCGCAGCGAGUAUCCGCCUCAUUGCACCACCGACCGCACCACCAAAGGGCACAAGAUUCGAAGUCCGAGUAGCAGGCGCAGACACGAAUCCUUACCUCGUCAUGUCCGCCAUCCUCGCCCUCGGCUUCAGGGGUAUCGAGAAGAAGAUGGCUAUCUCUGUCCCACCUCUCGGCAAAGGGCAAGAGGUCGGCGAUAGUGCCGAUAGGGGUGAGCGGUUAGCGAAAAGUCUCAAGGAGGCUACCGAGAAGUUUGCGAGGAAGGGUAGUGUGGCGAGAGAAGUGUUUGGCGAUGAUUUCGUUGAACACUUUGCUGGGACCAGGGAGCAUGAGGUAAGGUUGUGGGAUGAGGCUGUUACUGAUUGGGAGGUCAAACGCUAUAUUGAGACCGUCUAA